UCUACUUCGCCUGAGUUGGGAUCAAACCUGCAACCUGCAAGACCAACACAACAACACAAAACAUCAGACGCCGUUGUUGUAAAAUACGUCACGGGUCAGGUCGAAAAAGAAACUAUCAUAGGGUUUUUUUUUUAAGUGCUUACCCUAAAAAUGGAUGACUAAACAAUAACCAUUCAUAUUCUACAGAAAUGCCUAGGUUUGCUUGUACAGGUAUCAUACGAGCACUUAAUGCUAUGUGCAUUUUGAUCAUCCAUUCUUGUUCCUAAUGAAUUUUGUAUGAAUUCCUAUGCGGGAGCGCAAAAUGAAUCUAUGAUACCGUUUUAAAUAAUAUUAAUAUGAUUAUGGAUGAAUCUCUUAACAUAACAAUGCGGACGAUGUGGAACAAUAAAAUUAAUGAAGAAACACAAAUAGGAUUAAUAAAUGAACUAUGACGAUAGAAUGGUCUAACAUACUAUUGCAAAUAUUUGCUUUAAAGAUCAAACCGGAAUUUUUUAAUUAAAUAUUAUACAGUUUCAGUUGUAUUUAGAGUAGAUAAUUAUAGACACGUGUCUGAAACAUUUGUCCUGGGUGGGAAUCGAACCUAUGACCUCUGGUGUAGUCAUGGAUUGGAUUGUGGGCCACUAACCGCUAAACUCUAUCUAAUCGCCGUGUGAAUAUGUACUUAUCAUAUGAUAACGGUAAGGACAAAUUCACAUUUUAAAGAAGGGCUGGCAAUACGAGUGAAGUCUAAUAGUGGACAACAAGCUGAUAUUAUUAUGGUGCUAUUUUAAAAAAUCUUUCUUCACGCUUAUUUAUCGGGAUCGUUCGACAAGUUUUGGACCUAACCGGUUAUCAUCGCGAUUGGGUCACGAGUUUAAUGACGUUAAUAUUCCCAUAAUAAGGACCAGGAAAAAAUCAGGAUUAAGUCGCUGUAUCAAUUAUGUACGAUAUGAUUAAUACAGUAAUCAUCAAAUUUAACUUCAAAAAUUGCCACCUAGCAACUAUUCUGCAUAACUUUGAUUGUUUUAAUAUAAUCGUUUGUGCCUAGGGAUAGUAUGUCCGGAGCGCAUGGUGACCCCGUACCACCUGGUCCAUGUGGACGACAUGGAGGUGGCCCAGUUCGACGACGCGCACCACCGUGGCCCCAACUGGUACGACUACUCCAUGCGGUCCAAGGAGGACGCCAGCACCCUCGAGACUGACGAGAGCUCAUCACUAGUAUUUUCGUCGUAUGACAAGUCGGAAGCAGAAGCUGACAAAACAUCACUGUCAUCUGAAGAUACCACUGAGUCGAAACUGGCCACUAAGAUGUACCGGGCAUGCACGCCGUGUCCCAAAGACAUGCUUAAGAAACACAGCAACAUUGGUAUCAAGUGGAUCUGCGCGGCUUAUCAGCGAGCUCGGAGGUCCUUCAAAAGCGACUGCAUGAUGCGGUACAGGAACUGCCAGGAUGGGACCAUGUUUGUUAAGCUUCACGAACGAAAGUGCAAGAAUGACUCGUAUCACGGCAAGCAUUGGUUCUACGAAUAUCAAGUUUAAAUUAUAAAAAAAUAAAGAACAUUACCA